UGGAAAGCAGCAUAACUCAUGAGAAAAGAAAAGCAAAGGAAGCCUUAGAGACAGAAAGGAGGAGAGUUCAAGACCUGGAGAACCACUUAACCCAGCAGAAGGAGAUUUCAGAAAGUAGCAUCAUCUAUGAGAAGCAGAAAGCCAAGGAGGCCAUCGAGAAGGAAAGGAAGAGGGUGCAGGACCUGGAGAACCAUCUAACCAAGCAGAAGGAGGAAAUUCAUCUGAAAGAGAGAAAAGAAGUCAUGUUAAAUGGUAAAUUAAAUGACAGCCUGGCCAUGUUGGAAGAGGCUCAGAAAGCAAAGGCGGCUGAAAAUCUCAAAGCAGACGGCCUCGCCAUGAAAUUGAGUGAAACAUUAACCGAACUGGAAAACGCCAAGAAAAAAGUGAUGAUGAUGGAGGAGAGGAUGCAGUUACAACAGCAGAAAGUCAAAGACCUUCAGGAAGAGCAGCUGUCACAGAAACGGGGGUUUGAAGAAGAAACACUGGAGUACAAGGAGCAAAUUAAGCAGCACGCCCAGACCAUCGUUAGCCUAGAAGAAAGACUCCAGAAAGUGACUGAACACCAUAAAAAAAUAGAAGGCGAGAUAGCAACUUUGAAGGACAACGAAACAACUCAGAAGGAAACAGUCCAGGACACUGCAGCAGCCUCUCCCACAUCGCCUCCAGCCGCGUCUCCCUCAGAGAAUACUGCCAAGGACACGACGGUAUGCGACCACCUGAUAGAAGACUUGUUCACUGCUCAGAAGGAAAUCUUGUCUCAGCAGGAGGUCAUCAUGAGGCUAAGGAAAGACCUCACCGAGGCACACUGCCGAAUGUCAGACUUGAGAGGGGAGCUCACUGAGAAGCAGAAGGUGGAACUGGAGCGGAACGUGGCGCUGGUCCAGCAACAAAACCUGGAGCUGAGUGGCCUGAAGGAGAAGUUGAUGCAGAUGGCCGGCGUGCUGGACAAAAAGGACAAGGAGCUGCAGGUCCUCAGGGAGAAGCUCAGGAGCUCUCAAGAGAAACAGAAACUACAGCUGCUCAAGGAGGCCGGGAACACAACCCAGAAGUGUGACAUCUCGGUGCAGAUAGAACCGCCCCAGAAUGAUAUCAUCGCCAGCAGCCACGAGGAGCAGUCCUUCAGUGACCUAGGGGCCAAGUGCAAAGGGUCCCGGCAUGAGGAGACUAUUCAGCGUCAGAAAAAGGCCUUAUCAGAGCUUCGUGCACAAAUCAAAGAGCUUGAGAAGAGCAGCUUGUCAAAUCACAAGGAGCAACUUAAUGAAUCGCUUCUCAAAGUAAAGACUCUCACAACAGAAAAAAAUGUCCACUCGAAACUUGACUUGCCCGGUCUCUCAAGGAUAGAGAUCCAAGUGCCUCAAAAUGGCCUUGCCAGCUCAGGGUCCAUCCCUGCCACGGAGAAGUCGGGGAAGGUGGAUAUGGCCGAGGCUUUAGAUCUCAGUGAAAAGCUGUACCUAGACAUGAGCAAAACACUGGGGAGUCUGAUGAACAUCAAAGACAUGUCAGGCCACGUGUCCAUGAAACACCUCUCCCCAAACGAGAGGAAGAGAGUCAACCAGCUCCGGCAGAGGGACCUCGACCUGGUGUUCGACAAGGUCACCCAACUCAAGAGCCGGCUGGAGAGAAAAGAGGAGAUUCUCAGGACAUACGAGAAAGAUAUUGAACAUCUCAGGCAAAGCAAGGUGUCCGUCCAGAUGUACCAGUCACAGGUAGCAAAGCUGGAAGACGACGUGUACAGAGAAAGCCAGGAAAAGGCCUUGCUGAAGGAGGCCCUGGAGCGCACGGAGCAGCAGCUGUGCCAGGAGAAGAGGCUCAACAGAGCCAUCAGGCAGCAGAAGGUGAGCGAGCCCUGCGGGGAGCAGAGCCUGGGGGCUGCCCCUGGGCAGAGCAGGUGCACGCUGGAGGGGAAAGCGAGCAUCAGUCUCUUCAUCGGGGAUUAAUGGUUUACGACUGACAGUAAAAUACGAUAUUUGUAAUACGUCAUAUUUCUCAGUGUUCCGCGUAACAAUUCAGCCUCCACUUGGUCCUCCUCUGCCAUCAUGUUGCAGGACCUGAGCCCUCCCCCCACACCCCAAAGCCCUUUACUUUGCUGCAACACACCG